AUGUACCCGCAAACACCAAAAUGGUUUGACCCCGACGCCGUUGGCCUCAUUCGAAAAGAAGCAGUGAAUCCCAAGGAGGGCAAAUACCCUGGAUUACGGCCAAAUUUAGUCGAGCAUAUCGAUGGAAUGGAAAUUAUUCGAGACGUGGCGGUGCCCAUGCGAGAUGGUGUCAAGAUUUACGCCGAUAUCUUUCGCGCCAAAACGUUGACCGGCAGCAAACUUCCAACGUUGAUGACCUGGUCUCCAUAUGGCAAGCAUGGACCGAAAACAUUUGAUCUCUUUCCUGGGUCAGGCGUUCCUAAAGGGACUGUGUCGCGUCAUGCCGUUUGGGAAGGCUGUGACCCUCUCUACUGGACCAAGCGUGGUUAUGUGGUUCUCAACGGCGACAGUCGCGGAUCUUGGGGCUCGGAAGGCACACUUGAGAUCUUGAGCCCUCAAAUUGCCUAUGAUGGCUACGACGUAAUCGAGUGGAUUGCGAGCCAACCAUGGUCGAACGGGCGCGUUGGUCUUUGUGGUGUGUCCUAUCUUGCCAUUGUUCAGUGGCGAAUCGCCCAGCUGAAUCCACCGCAUCUUUCUUGUAUCAACCCCUGGGAAGGAUACACAGACGCCUACAGAGACCACACCCAUCCUGGCGGCAUCCCAGAGACCAAGUUCCUGCAUUUCUCGGAUUGGUCGUGCCAAUUCUCUGCCGAAAAGACUGAAAAUUGGUAUCUGUCCAACCAGACACAUGAACUGAUGGACGACUACAACCAAUCCAAGCGAGCCACAGAUUUACCGGCAAUUAAAGUACCGGCAUAUAUCGUCAUCGACUGGGGCGACCAUGGACUCCAUACGAGGGGAGCAUUGAACGGGUUCACAUACAUCAGUUCGAAGCAAAAGUGGUUAGAGGUCCAUGGCCGAAAGAAAUGGCAGUAUUUCUAUCAAGAGUCCAGUCUGGCCCGACAAGAGGCUUUCUAUCGUAAAUUCCUCAAGGACGAACCCAGCGAGGUGGAUGAAUGGCCGCCUGUGUACAUAGAAAUACGGGAUCAAUUCUAUCAGGGACAUUGGCGCGACGAACAGGAGUGGCCACUGAAGCGCACACGAUUUGCGAUGAAAUACCUGGACAGCGCUUCAAACGAGUUGAAAGAUGAACUCCCGGCUGAUCUCUCCAGCGUUUCCUACGACUCAACCACAGAAGAAAAUGCUCAGUUCACCUAUACCUUCAAGCAGGAGACCGAGCUUACCGGGAGUAUGAGAUUGAGAUUAUGGGUCUCUACCACUGAAAGCGACGACCUAGAUCUGUUUGUCCGACUUGACAAAUUGGACGAAAAGGGCGAAACACUUCCCUUCGUGGCCUUUUCCAUGUUCGACGACGGACCUCUAGCACUAGGCUGGCUGCGGGCCAGCCAUCGAGAACUGGACCCAUCCUUUACCCACCAUAAUCGACCAUGGAUGAAACAUCAGCGGAAAUUACUCCUCAGACCAGGCGAGAUCGUCCCUGUUGACGUGGAGAUAGUUGCCAGUAGCACUCGCUUUCUGGAGGGGGAGUCCUUGAAGGUUACGAUUCAAGGCACCGACGCCUUUAGCAACGAUGGUGUCGGCCCGUCCAUGAAACAUGAGAAUUCGGUCAACAAGGGCAGACAUGUCAUUCAUACUGGCAGUGUAUUUGACUCCUAUCUAGUUACGCCAAUUAUUGACCCUUAA